UCCAGCGUGUCGUGCGUGUGCGUGAGACUGUUAAUGCGCGUCAAGAUGGCAAAGUUGUCAUGAGAGGCAAAGCAGCUCCUCAGCUCACAUCCGCAUGUGUUUGACAGCUUAGCACCUACAACCGUUCCAGUCAUUUAAGAGGGACAGGCAGAGCAGUCUGGAUCCACUGUGAAGCACAAUGAGUCUGGCUCUUCACGAUCUCCUGCUCUGCUGCAGAGGGCUGGAGAAUGACAAAGCUACAGAGAGGAAGAAAGAGUCUGAACGCUUCAGACGGCUCCUUCGAUCACCAGAGGUCGUGCAGGAACUUGAUCGCAACUCGGCAUCUAAAGCUAAAGGCUCCAAGCAGCUCACAUGGGAUGCUGUUUUCAGGUUCCUUCAGCGUUAUGUCCAGAAGGAGACAGAAAGCAUGCAAUCAAGCAAAGCCAACGUCACAGCAACCACGCUGACCACGCGGCAGAAGAAAAUGGCUGAAAUGUGCAGCCUGAUCAAAUACUUCAUUCGCUAUGCAAACAAGCGUGGGCCUCGUCUAAAGUGCAGUGAGCUGCUGAAGCAUGUGAUAGAGAUCCUGCAGAAUUCAUACUGCUGUUCGGCCUAUGGAGAAAACUACAGCAGCCUCCUUUUAAAGGACAUCCUCUCUGUCCGCAAGUACUGGUGUGACAUCACUCCACAGCAGUGGCAUGAUCUGCUGGACUUGUACUGCGGCUUGUUCAACACUUCUUCCAAAUCCAUCAACCGAGUUUUGGUGAGCAGAGUCGUCCACACGGUGGUGCAGGGCUGCUGUAUGCAGACUGAUGGAUUCAACGAUGCUCUGUUCAGCUUCUUUUCCAAAGCGCUGCUCAAUGCCAGGCAGGAGAAACACUUGACUGUUUUGGAGCACACGGUCUCAGCUCUGAACAUCUUCUUGAGAUCGGCGGCCAUGAACUGUAGGAUGAGGGUGUGUCGGCUGGGAGAGGAGCUUCUGCCUUCUCUACUGUACAUCUGGGUGGACAUGAGGCCCAGUGCUGCUCUCAAGGAGGAGAUUGUGGAGUUCCUGAACUUGCAGAUCUGUGUUCACCACCCCAAGGGAGCCAAGACACAGGACACAGGUGCACAUGCUGAGGAUUGGACUAGGUGGCGGAGUCUGCUGUACGACCUGUACAAUGCCUUGGUCAGAGAGAUCAGUCACAUAGGCAGCAGAGGGAAGUACGUCACAGGGACCAGGCACAUAGCUGUCAAAGACAAUCUCAUCGAGCUCACAGCUCAUAUCUGUCACCAGCUGUUCAGCGAUGACAGUGACGCCCAUGUCCUGGGGGUCACCCAGACUUCCAUCAGAGCCACGCAGAUGGGCAGCCCCACCCAUGGGACAGCCAGCAAGCGACGCCGCAUUGAAUUGGGCUGGGAGGUCCUGCGAGACCAUCUGCAGCCUCAGCAUAAUGACUUUGAUAUCAUACCAUGGCUGCAGAUCACCACAGUGCUCAUUUUUAAGUUCCCGUCCAUGGUGCCUGGCCAAGAGCUGGUCCAACUGCUGUCAGUGUUGCACCAGCUCCUGGCAGAGCAGCGGAGAGGAGAGAGGAGCCUGUAUGUGCUGCGCUGCCUGAGGGAGGUGGCCCGUUGUCAGGCCCGCUACCCACAGAGAGCCCAAGUCCACCGGGCGGAGCUGAGCAGGCUCUGGGUUCGUGUUUGGGCUCUGUCAGUGCGAGGGGUCAGCUCAGCCCAAACAGAGUCCCCCAGCUUGGACCUGCUGGCCUCCAUCGUCCACGGCGAGCUGAUUAAUAUUGACAGAGAGUUUUGGAGGCUUUUCUCUGGACCUGGAUGCAAGCCGUCCCAGAGUGCUGCACUCUGUUUAGCCCACUCCCUGCUCAAGUGUCCAGUCCCCAGAAGCCUCACGACACACUGGAGCUGGGACCACGUUGGAGCCUCAGAAGGAUCUGCAACACCCAGUCUGAAGGAGACCCUUGUAGCUUGGCUGCUGAUGAGCGAUCAAAGUGAUGAGAUGGAGGAUAGCUCCAGACCCCACCCCAUCAUUUGCAGGGACUUGCCUAACAAUCUGAUAGCAAACAUCUUGGUUUCACUGACCUUAAAAGACACAAGAGUUGGACUGAAGUUUCUGCUGGGUACUGAAGGAGCAGAAAGUUCUGAGAGUGCCUUUGCUCAAGAACUAAAGUCAUCGGAUGCCAAAGACGACCUGGAACAGGUUGAGAGACUUUACCAGCAGUUCAGCUUCAACACGCUGCCUCCAGAGAUCCGAGGGACCGAAGAGUCUGUGGAGACGGCCUCAGCAGACAGUCAGUUUGCAGCAGUCCCUGGUCUCAGAAACAAGCUGGAGCAGUCACUGCUUUGUGUGGCGGACAGUUUACUCAACAGCUACUCUCCUGAUUCUCAGUCCACCCCUCCAGAGUGUCUGGUGCGUUGUUUCAGUCUCCUGACUGGUGUUCUAGCGGGAUACGUCUCCACCGGGUUUCUGACGAAAGAGGAGGCCUGCCGCUCACAGCUCUUCUCUAAAGCAAAGGCGCUGGCUCAGGACUUCAGUGAGUUUGUUUCUAGUGUCAAAUUGAAAAUGACAGAAGAGGGAUCCAUGUCCACGCUGAGGUCUGUUAUGAAGCUUUGCACGCAGUCCGCCAGCAGAAAAAACAAGGAUAAUAUUUGUCCCAUUGCCUCUGGUUUAUUUAUAAUGACUCUACCAGCCAGUCUUCUCAGUGAGCUGGCAGAAAUCUGCAAGCUCUUGCUAAGCAGCGUUUCCAAGAGGGUGAUGGCUGUGGAUGAAGACGAUCCUAUGGACGAUGACUUUGAAGUGACCAGAACUCAUCAAGGGGAUGACUUUGACCUGUUUGAAGAUGGUGAAGAGUCCCACAGCGGCACGAGUGGGGCCCACAGACAGAAUGGAGCCAACUCUGACACAACUUACAGACCAGGUGCAAAAAGUCUGCUCGCUGAUGAUCAUCUGGUGGGGCAGGACCUGGCUCUCCUCGCAGCCUUGGGGUUCCUGUGUGAGUGUGCCUCUGUGCAGCCCGUCCACGGUCUGCUUUUCGAACCACAGGAGGUGCGACGCAGACUGCUGCUGCUGGUGAAGCAGAUCGACUUCAGCAAAGCCCUGCACCUCAACAUGUAUCUUGUCCUAUUAAAGAAGCUUCCAGCUGAAGACUCGCUCUCUCCAGAGGAAUUUGAUGGGCUGCUCGGCCCCCUGGCGGACCUGUGUUCGUUGUACCGUCAGGACCAAGAGAUCUGUGCUGCUGUGCUGCUGAGUUUGUUGCCCUCCAUAAGGAGCCUGGGGAAAACACACCACAUGCCUGAGGACAUGAGACACGUUCAGGGAUCCCUGCUACAAGUGGUGUCUGGCUUCUGUUUCCUGAGCCAAACAGGGAAAUGCGUGGGGACAGUUCGAGCUGCUUUAGUGCAGUGUCUGGUUGCUUUGCUAGAGGCUGACCCAGGUUGUAACUGGGCAAUCCUGAAUGUCAGAGAUCAAGACAGACAGGAGGAUCGUCCAGUGUCUUCUAUCCUCCCGUCUCACCUCGCGGAUGCCCACCACCAAGUCCGCAUGCUGGUAGCUAUGUCUGUAGAGAGGCUGUUUCUUGAGCUGAGACCGGAGCAUCUGGAGAAGAGGAAGAUGCUUCCACUAAAACACCAGCAGACGGCUUUUGAGAACAUCUACCUGAAGGCUCAGGAGGGGAUGAAGCUCCCAAGAAGCCUCUCUGCGGAGGACCAGCAGGACGAGAUGUUCAACCGCAAAGCCACGCUGCUGAAGAGUUUGUCCGUCGUGAUGUGUUGUAGCCCGGUGUGUGAAAAGCAGUCUCUGUUCGCCCUCUUCCAGUCCUACAAAGAAAACAAUAUAGAGGAGCAGCACAUCAAGAAGAUGUUGUGCAGCGUAUCCAGGGUACUGGGUUACAGGAGCGUGAAGACAUUUGUCAGCUCUCACCUGUACUACCUGGUAGCGGAGUGGCUCGCACAGAGACAGUCUGAUGACCGCUACACUCUGGGAUCCUUCCCUUACAGUCUCCUAGACCACGACACGGUCAAAGACUUCUACAACUCCUCUUAUCAGGUGCUGAUCCCCCACCUGGUCUUCCUGGACGACUUUGAGCAGGUGAAGUCUAUCGGGAGGUGUCUUGAGAAGGACUGGAGAGGCUUGCUGGCCGACUGUUUCCCCAAGAUCAUGGUCAGCAUUCUGCCCUACUUUGCGCUGCCUGGCCAGGAUUCACAGGUUGCACAGCAGAGAGAGAAGGCCCACCGAGUGUACGACCUGCUCAAAGACGCCAGCUGUCUGGGCAAGCAGCAAAUUGACAGCCUGAUCCACAGUAACCUGGCUGACAUCGUAGUGGAGCUACUGAUGACUCUGUAUGAAGGAAGUGGAGCUGAAAGAGACAGAGGAGACCUGAAACGCUUCAUUGGUGAACUGGAUCCUGUGCCAAAUCCCCCAUACUUCAGCUCAUAUGUCAUCAGAGCUACACUGGACUACCUCAGCAAGUGCCACAGUGCCAACCAUAAGUCCCUGGUAGCCAUUCUGUCGAAGACGCCGAUUUCCAUCCAGAGGAUUCUGCUGGCGGUGUGUGAAAGAGCAGCAGAGACAACCAACAGCUAUGAACGUCACCGCAUCCUCCUCAUGUACCAUUUGUUCGUCAGCCUGCUGCUGCGGGAGGUGAAGGACGGCCUGGGGGGAGCCUGGGCCUUUGUCCUCAGAGACAUCAUCUACACGCUCAUCCACCAUAUCAACAGCAGGCCGCUUCAGUGCGAUGAGGUUUCGAACCGAAGCCUCUCUCUGUGCUGCGAUCUGCUGACCUCUGUGUGUCAGGCAGCUCUUCAGUUCUGCGAUGACGCUCUGGACUGCCACCUUCAGGUGAUCGUCGGGACUCUAACUGCUCAAGUUACCAGCCGGCCCUCUAUCUCACAGCAGGUGCUCAGCCUGCUGCAGUUCCUUGUGAUAGAAAAUCAGCAGAAGUUAAAAGGAGCCAUCAGCAAGUUGGAGCCUUUUCCUGAUAUCGCUGAGUUCAGAGAGCUGCGCUCUGUGCAGCACAAACUCAAAUACAACACCGGCACCUUCACGCUGAGACAGGAGAUAACUCACUUCCUGUCAGUGACGUCCUGUGACUCCUUACCUCUGACCAGACUGGAAGGAUUGAAGGAGCUGACCAGACAGCUGCAUGACAACAAGGCGCAAAUCCGAGAGUUGCUCAAAGAGUGCCAUGCUGAUCCCUCUGACAGUGUACUGGUGAAGCUGGUCCUCAGUCUGCUGCAGCUCUGUAAGCUAGCAGUCAACCAACCUGGAGGAGCCGGCAUUCUAGAAGCAGCAGGCAGCUGUCUGGGAGAACUAGGCCCUGUAGACUUGUCCACCAUCGCCCUGCUCCACGGUAGAGACCCCCUCUAUGAGAAAGCUGUGUCUCUCUUCACCUCCUCCGAGUCUCAGCGCCUUUACAUCAUCCUCAACUGCAUGAACGAUGCGCUCACUCAGCAGCGCAUCGAGGUGAGACGGGCGGCAGCUCAGUGUGUGAGGAACAUCCUCGCAACUCAGUCUGGAGUCGACUUCUGGGAUCAACACAAAGACAACAAAGACCCAAUGCUGGCUUACCUCAAUCCCUUCAGAACGUCCAGGAACAAGGUGGUUAGUGUGAGUGCUGAGGAGAGCACAGAGGCCAGGAGGAAGCUGGAGAGCCAGGAGUUUUGGGUUCCCCAGGCGGGCGGCCACAAGGCCUGGCUGAAGGCUCUGUGCACAGCUCUGCUGGACAGCGGAGGGGUCAGGAGUGAGGCUCUGCUGCUGUCGCGGCCACUGUGUCUGGUGUGGGUGGACUGCUGUCAGACGUUGCUGCCUCUCAUCAUUCACUCCAUCCUUCUGGAUGACUCUGACGGUUCGUGGAGGGAGUUGCUCUCCUCCCACAUCCAGGACUUCUUCAGCUUUUGCUCCAGAAGUGCUCAGGCCGCCAGUCGGUCUGCCACGCCUCUCAACUCUGACUCUGAGUCUGACUCUGUCAGUCAGGGCUUGUAUGAUAAAACCUCUCUGCGCUCGAUGCUUGCUGUUAUUGAUUAUCUGAGACAUCAACAGAGACCUCUGGAAGCUGAAAGUAACUCCUGUGGGACAGUGUGCGACUCAAACUUCUGGCUGGAGCUGAACUACCUGGAGGUGGCUAAAGCUGCUCAGUCCUGCUCGGCUCAUUUCACGGCUCUGCUGUACACUGAGAUCUAUGUUGAUAAGAUUAAAGCAAACAUGGAGGAAAGUCGCAGAACUAAGUCCAGAGCAACACGCAAAAUCAAUUUUGAAGACAACAGCCAGACCAUCACCAUCUCCAGCCUGACUGAGAAGAGUAUGGAAGACACCAGUAUCAGUCUGCAGGACCUGCUGAUUGAGGUGUAUCGGAGCAUCGGAGAGCCUGACAGCUUGUAUGGCUGUGGAGGAGAGACCAUGACGUCUCCCCUGACAAGGAUUCGGACUUAUGAACAUGAGGCUAUGUGGGGGAAGGCCCUGACUUCAUACGACCUUCACUCUACUUUGCCUGAAGUCACUCGACAAGUGGGAAUUGUAGAGGGUCUGCAGAACUUUGGCCUGAGCCGCAUCCUCGCCACCUACAUGAGGGGUCUGGAGAGUGAAGGGGUGGAGUGGGGGGCCGAGCUGCGGGAGCUCCGCUUCCAGGCGGCCUGGAGGAACACACAGUGGGACUGUGAGCUGUCAGAGAAAAGCGAGAAAUCCACUCCUGGCUUCCACGAAUCAGUGUUUUGUUCCCUGCAAGCUCUCAGGGACAAAGAGUUCUCCAUAUUUGAUGAGACUCUCAAACUGGCAAGGGGUGCUGAGGUGGAGGAACUGUGCAGAGGCAGUUUGGAGGCAGUGUCCUCCCUGUACCCGGCGCUCAGGAACCUGCAGAGCAUCAGGGAGCUGGAGAGCGUCAAACAGCUCUUCUCCAGGCCUUUCUCAGAUGUGACUCUGAGAGAAGUUUGCAGCCAGUGGCGGCAGCACUCCCAGCUGCUGGUCGACAGCGACUUUUCCUUGGUGGAGCCCGUUCUGGCCGUCCGCUCCGUGGCCCAGCAAACCCUGUUGUCUAGAGUGGGAGAUGUCGACGGCGCCCAGUACCUCAGCUCUGUGCUCACUGACCACCUCAUGGAGCUCUGCCGUUUGGCCCGCAGGGCUGGAAACACACAGCUGGCAGAGCGUGCAGUCCACCAGAUGAAGCAGCAUGGCGGCGCCGGGACCUGGGUGUCGUCCCCCGUGUCGUCAUGGCAGCUGGAGGAGGCGCAGGUGUUCUGGGCGAAGGGAGAGCAGGGUCUGGCUCUGGGCCUGCUGAGACAGAUGAUACACAGCCUGGAGGAAAAGGUGGAUUUAAAUCCUGCUGUAGCGCCGGUCUACACCCAGUGCCUCAGGCUGUGUGGAAACUGGCUGGCUGAGACCUGCCUGGAAAGUCCUGGCGUCAUACUGGAAAAGUUCCUGGAGAGGGCUGUGGAGGUGAUAGAGGAGGAGUCGGUUGUUCAGGACUCCGGGCUGCAGAGCCAGCGGACCGAGGCCUUCUUGUCUCUGGCUCGUUUCUCGGACGCUCAGUACCAGAGCAUCGACAAGUACAUGAACUCGUCCGAGUUCGAGAACAAGCAGGCGCUGCUGGAGAAGGCCAAAGAGGAGGUGGACCUGAUGAGGGAGCGCAAAGUGACCACCAACAGGUACACGAUAAAGGUGCAGAGAGAGCUGGAGCUGGAUGAAAAGGCCCUGUCCAACCUACAGACAGACAGACAGCGCUUCCUGUGUAAGGCGGUGGAGAAUUACAUCCAGUGUCUGGAGCAAGGAGAGGAGCACGACACCUGGGUGUUCCGCCUGGCUUCGCUCUGGCUGGAGAACGCUCACAUUAAGGUCGUAAAUGACAUGAUGAAGAAAGGGGUGAAGAAGAUCCCUUCCUACAAGUUUCUGCCUCUCAUGUAUCAGCUGGCUGCUCGCAUGGGAACCAAGAUGGCUGCCGGCGCGGCUGAGGACACGGGAUUCCACGAUGUCCUCAUCGACCUGAUCUGCAGAGCCUCCCUGGAGCACCCUCACCACACGCUCUUCAUCAUCUUCGCCCUCGUGAAUGCCAACGAAGACGAGAACUUCUGCAAGUCCCGGCUGUCCAAGAGCGCUCCGCGGCAGCCCUCACAGUUUGACCUGGAGCGUUCGUCUGUGGCUCGGAAGAUCAUCAGCGCGAUCAAAAAGAAGAGGGGCGAGAUGAUCCGAGGGAUCGAGCGUCUCUGCAAUGCCUACAUCACUCUGGCUUACAUGGAUGCCAGCAGGCACAAGACCGAGAAGAAGGCUAUUCCCAUCCCUGCGGAUCAGCCCAUCAUGCAAAUCAAAGACCUCGAUGAGGUUGUCAUCCCCACAAUGGAGAUCAAGGUUGAUCCGUCUGGUUGCUAUGACAACCUGGUGACGGUUAGAUCCUUCCUGCCCCACUAUCACCUGGCCGGAGGAGUCAACCUGCCCAAGAUCAUUGACUGCGUCGGCUCUGACGGCAAGAGCAGGAGACAGCUGGUCAAAGGCCAGGACGACCUGCGGCAGGAUGCGGUGAUGCAGCAGGUCUUCAGCAUGUGCUCCAUGCUGCUGCAGCGCAACGCAGACACCCGGAAGAGGAAGCUCAACAUCAGACGAUACAAGGUGGUGCCGUUCUCUCAGCGUAGCGGCGUGUUGGAGUGGUGCUCCGGCACGGUGCCCAUCGGGGAGUUUCUAGUGGAGCCCAAUAAAGGAGCCCACAAACGCUUCCGACCUGCAGACUGGACCAACCUGGCCUGCCGCAAGAAAAUGAUGGAGGCUCAGAGACUCGCAUUCGACGAGAAGCUCCAGGCCUACGUCGAGGUGUGCAAGAAAUUUCGGCCGGUCUUUAGGUAUUUCUGCAUGGAGCGGUUCCUGGAUCCCGCAGUGUGGAUGGAGAAACGGCUGGCUUACACCCGCAGCGUGGCCACUUCCUCUAUAGUUGGCUACAUUGUAGGUCUGGGAGACAGACACAUCCAGAACAUCCUGAUUGACGAACAGACUGCGGAGCUGGUGCACAUCGAUUUAGGUGUGGCAUUUGAGCAGGGGAAGAUCCUCCCCACGCCUGAGACGGUGCCCUUCAGACUGUCCAGAGACAUUGUGGACGGGAUGGGAAUCACUGGAGUGGAGGGAGUUUUCAGGAGGUGUUGUGAGAAGACAAUGGAGGUGAUGAGGAGCUCUCAAGAAGCCCUCUUGACUAUUGUUGAGGUGUUGCUGUAUGAUCCUUUGUUUGACUGGACCAUGAACCCUCUGAAGGCCUUCUACCUGCAGCAUGACGAGCAGCAGGAGCUCAACGCCACACUGAGCUCCACUAUGGGGGGAGUUGACAUGGACAACCAGCGUAAAUCCAGUGACAGUCAGACCUUCAACAAGGUGGCGGAGCGGGUGCUGCUGCGACUGCAGGAGAAGCUGAAGGGCGUGGAGGAGGGCACGGUGCUCAGCGUUGGGGGGCAGGUCAAUCUGCUCAUCCAGCAGGCCAUGGACCCCAAAAACCUCAGCAGACUCUUCCCAGGGUGGCAGGCCUGGGUGUAGGCCUGGGUGUAGGCCCAGGUGUAGGCCUUGGUGUAGACCUUGGAGAAGGUACACAAGGACGGGUUCCAUUCCUGCUCUCCUGUCAACAGACAUUCCUUUCUAUAUUCAUCAGAAGAGAUUGGACAGAUCAAAAUCUCCUUUUAAAUAGUUUUUAAACUCUUAAGACUUUUGGAGUCAGAUUUACAGAUUACUUGAUCACAGUCCUAAAUCACGGUUUACCUUGCUGUGGGCUAGUUGAAGGAUGCACUUGGGCACGGUUCAGUUGGACUCUGGUACAACACACAUUCUUACCAGUGUCCAAACAUGGAACUGGACCAAUAAUAAAACACAGAGUAAACAGACAUUUACUCCGUUUGGGCUAUGCAAAAAAAAAAAAAAAAAAAAAGAUACAGAAACGUAAACAUCCAUAGGCCCAGAACAGUUAAUGGGGUCUGAGGGAACAAACGUACUCGGGUAUGUACGUUCUUGGCUCCUGAGUUCCUAAUCAGUCUCUGCUGGAAACUACAAUCAGCAGUAAUUAGAAAAAAAAUAAUGAAUAAGCAGUUCAAUAUAAAUAAUAUAAUAUAAAAGCCAAUCAACUUUGUCCCUGUGAGCAGUCUGGUCUGAGGACUGAAAUAUGUUUUUAUACUUUAUACAAAGAAGAAUGUGAAUGUUUUUCAGAUGUUCGCUGGGGAAUGAAUGAAUUAUUGCCAUUGAAUGUCCAAAGCUCUUUACCUUGAUGAAUGGUUGAUGAAGGCCUGAUAGGUUUUGCCUUUAAAUCACUUUGAAAUGUCAUUUCUUUCUUUCUCUUCUGCCGUUUCUCUUCUUUUAUCGCUUUGACGACUGAAUACAGCAUCGUUCUACAGUGAACUUUGUAAUAUGUGUACAGUUUGUACUGUUCCAAGCUGCUUUGUGAUUCAAGUGCUGCUUUUUAAAAAUGAUCACUGUAUCAUUUAACUAAUAAAAAUAAAAGGUUUUUUUGUUAUCA